ACCGACUCUCUCUCCUCUCUCUGUCUCUGCCUCUGUCUCUCUCUCUCUCUCUACAUCUAACUCUAUUUACCUCUCUUUAGCACUCUCCUCAUUUAAACCCGGCCCAGCUCCUCUUCUUUGGAUUGAUUCAUCCCCCCUCUUCAUUACUGAGCUUGAACAUUCAUCCAAGGUAGGUCUCCUUCACUUUCUUCCAGAUACUUCUGAAGGGUGAUUCAAGCUCCCCUUGAGGCAGACCAUCAGCUGGAAAAGUUGCCUCCUUUAUGCUCUUGGACUGGUGGGUAGUUUACUGGGAUCGUUACUUUGCCGGGCAAGUGGAAGAGGAGACUGGAGAGACUUCCAUAGCUGAUCAAAAGAAGGACCCCGACGUUUGCAACACUACAAAGACUGUUCCCCCUCUUCAGUUCAUGUGAACUAUGAAGCUUGAUGGUGACUCGCCAGUUCUCCAUCAUUCUCUAGUGCAGAUUCAUGAUCCUAGUCACCUUAAGCAUGGGAACAAUAAUGUGGAGCCAAUGAAAUGUAAACCAGUUAAGAAAAUAGCGGACGAGAAACAGGACGGACAUUUACGUGAAGUUGAAGAAAGCGAGCGGAUUGCAGUUUCCUUACCAUCUCAUCUUAAUGACAAAGAUGGGUACUGGCCUGUGUCAGAUUUUGACAGUUCCGGUCCUUGUCAGGAUAUGACUAAGGGAAAGGACAAUGAAAUGUAUGAAGAUACUGAGAAAGAUUCGAUGGGAGAGACGGAAUUGCUGAAAAGUGACUUGGAUAUAUUCACUGACAAAAGCGUAACAGAGUUUGAGUUGCCCGAGGUGGAAGUUCGUGGCAAAGAUGAUAGUGAAUACCAUGAAAUCAGAGACAUUUGCAUGGACAAAGGUGUCAUAUCUGAUGCGAAGAUAUUGUUUGAAAUGAAUGGGGAUUCGGGUCAUGAGGGGAUCCUGCUUCCAAAUGAAGAGGCAGAUAGUAGGCAGGUGAAGGAAAAAGCGGGGAACGAUAAUUUAAUUUCAGAUGUUUUUGAAGUUCCUGAAGAACAAUGGUCUGCGGAUCCUGUUGGCAAAUGCUCUCCUGAGCAUUUAAUCCACUCUGCUGAAGAUGUUCAACGUGAAUGUUUGACCACUCGUGGCGAUAAAGAUGAACAACAAUCUGCUGAGGUCCCACAUGAUGAAUCAAUAUCUGGCAGUUCUGCUCCAUUUCAUGCUACCGAAGAACCUGAGAAGAGCAGCGAAGAGGCUGCUAAAGAUUCAAAUAUUAUCAGUGCUACACCCUCUUUGACCGGCGAUUGCAAGGUUGAGUCUGGAAGUAAUGAGGAGGAGGCAACUUCUGAGGCCAAAGAGGUGCCUUUUAGUAGCCAGGUGGAGAGUGGAACUAUCACAUUCAGUUUUGCUGCUUCCACACCAACUCCUAGCAACAGAUACGAGUCUCUUUCCAGAGGAAACAAUGAGUUCCCCAAUAACCAAGACAGGCCCAAAGUCAAUGAGAGUCAUGCAUACUUUGGUCGGGAUCAGCAGAGCUAUGGAGAGUCGAGUUUCUCCAUUUUGGCGGGCCCUCCGUCGGGCCUGAUAAGUAACUCUGGCCCUAUUGCUUACUCAGGCAGCCUCUCACUAAGAUCUGACAGCAGCACCACCAGUACCCGAUCCUUUGCCUUCCCUGUAUUGCAGAACGAAUGGAAUAGCAGUCCAGUGAGAAUGGCAAAAGCCGAUAGGAGAUGGUACCGGAAGCAGUUGAAAUGGAGACGGGGACUUCUUUGCUGUAAAUUCUAAAUGCGUCUGUUCGUUUAGGUUAAGAUUAGGCUAGUAUAUACAUACAUAUAUAGUUGUAUACACAGAGAGCAUUGCCAGCCUUCUUUCGAUAUGUGGUCUGUAAUUUUAUCUCAUGGAUGUGUGUGUGGGUAAUAUCUUUCUCCACAGUUGAAAGGAAAUGCAUCGGUCGAAAUUGAUUGUUCGGGUUGUGGUCAUACUGGUUUCAUACAUGUUAUGUCUGAUGGGAAAAUUACUUGCUUAAGUGAAAGUUCUGUUGAACUUUUUUCCUCA